AUGACUGGUGCUGAAUUGAUCAAACUUUGCAACGCAAAGUAUAUCCACCUCAUCCAGAACAGCGCUGAAGCAAGAGAAUUUCACAUUAAUCUAGCACGUCAAAAGAUAUUCUGUUCAGAAGAAGUGUACAGAAAAUUUGAGGUCCCUAAGAAGGCAAGGGACAUUGGCCAAAUUACCAUAUUCAAUCAAGCCAAACAGUCAUACUACCAAAUUUCCGACCUUGAUCUCCUUCACGACCUAGACCGUGUUAGACAAUAUAAUAAUCAAAAUCAAUUUUCAGUUCAAGGUGCUAAGAUUCUCCAGCUGAGUUUUCUGCCGAAAACCACCAGUAGCAACCAUAGAGCGGAAAGGGACUCCAGCUUUAGAGAAAGAUCGGCAAAUACUCAAAACCUGAUAAUUAUUUUUUGGAUGAACCUGAGAGGCCAACUCGGCAGUUGGGACCAGAAUUACAACUCGAGGAUUUUGAGAUGCAGCCUCGUGAAACUCCUCUUAGUUGCCCCGCCACCAGCUGGACCACCAAAAGAAUACAUUGAGCACUUGGUGAUAUUUGUGGAACGGCCUCGCAGACGAACUGCGCGCGGCGGCCGCCGGAGAGUAUGGAAACUGAAAUCUGCCGGCUGGGGAGAAAAGAAGGAGUCUGGGUCUGGUUACCGACUUCUUUCUCUUGGAAUGAAGAAAGUUUUCUUUCCGGGCCAGCAAAUGAGGGGCAAUAGGUCAGUCGAGUCCUAUGAGUGGUGGGGCGUCUCCCCGUCGAGUGCCUUGCGGCGCCUUGAAAAACAGAAUAGAAGAAAGGUUAACAGAAAGUCUCACAAAGAAGAAGACACACGCAAAGACAUCUUGUAUCCGCCCUUGAAGAAGGCAGCCGGCCAGGUUUCCUCGUUCCGCCGAGCCAAUCAAUCAAUAACUCACUUCCCCCGCAAUGCAAUUCCAAACAGUUUUCUUAGAUAG